AUGUUCGGUCGCCUAGCUAUUGUUGUUGCAGCUGACAUAGCUGUAUAUGCUGCUGGAAGUGCACGCAGUACGGGCGGGGCAGGAGCGGUGGCAAUGUUGGUCGGGCCAAAUGCCCCUCUGGUCAUGGAAAGAGGUAUGAGGUCUAUACACAUGCAACAUGCUUAUGAUUUUUACAAACCGAACAUGUCUUCUGAAUAUCCUGUGGUGGAUGGCAAACUAUCAGUCCGCUGCUACUUCCAAGCAUUGGACCAGUGUUAUUCACGAUACACAGAGAAAGGAAAGCGUCUGUACUGCAAGACGCUGUUUACAUUAGACGAUAUAGACUAUGCUUUAUUCCACACACCAUUCUGCCGGAUUGUGCAGAAAUCUUUAGCUCGAUUAAUGUUCCACGACUUUCUAUGUGAUUCUGAAGGCGAUAGUUCUGGUGGAGAGAAGUAUGCUGACCUGGCAAAAUUUCGAGAUGUUAAACUUGAAGACACUUUUCAAGAUGAGGCUAAAGGGAAGGAAGUUGAAAAAGCGUCCAUGAAAUGCAGUCAGAAUGCGUAUGACAAAAAGACGGCACCAUCUUUGUGUAUCUCACGUGAUGUUGGCAAUAUGUACACCCCUUCACUUUAUGGAUGUUUGGCUUCUCUACUGUUCAGCGAGGCUAUUGAGGAUUUGGCUGGUAAACGAGUGAUGUUGUUCUCGUACGGUUCUGGACUCGCUUCGGCCAUGUUCUCUUUUCGAAUUUCUGGCGAUAUUAAUUCCAGUUCGCCCCUGCACGCCCUGGUGACGUCACUAAAGGAUAUUCCAGAACGCUUGGCGUCCCGCCGCCAAGUUGAACCUGCUGAGUUUGUGAAAACUCUUACCGCGCGUGAAAACACACACAACAAAAGUAAUUAUUCGCCUGCUUGUUCCGUGGAAGAUCUGCUUCCGGGCACAUAUUAUCUGACGAAUGUUGACGAGAAGUAUCGCCGAACAUACAAGCGAAAACCCAACCAAGCUGUUGAAGAAGGCUGCAUGGUUGUUUAAUUAACUAUGAGGGGGUGAUGAAAAUGCUGGGGAACUAGAAAUUAAUGAUACUGAUUCGUGUCAGGACAAUCUUUUAUCGCAAUAUGAUGUGGAGAUACAUCUAUUUUUCCCGCGGACUGUCAUAUAAAUGACAAUUUCAAUUGUCGCUCCGGGCACACCAUACAAUAGGCCAUUUUCGAAUUCUCGGUAUUGGAAUGGAACAAGCUUGCAAUGGAGGCUUAUGCGGGGGAAUAAUAUUAAAAAGAGAUUAAUGUCAUUUACAUUUGAAAAGACUUCCCGCAAUAGCCUCAAUUGCAAGCCACUUCCAGUCCAAUACCGAAAAUACGAAAAUGGUCCAAAAAAUUGCUGUAAAUAACGAGCACAUUUUGUUACAGGGACACGAGUGUUUUACUGGAAAAUACACUGCGCUUGUUCGUAAAAUAUUGUUUUCAACACGAAAAUAAAAUUGUUAUCUUGAUUCUUCACGCCAACGUAUAAUAUCCUCUAUGUUUAAAGGUUAUGCGCAAUUUAGCCGGGGUGUUUAGCCAUUCAACCUUCACCCGUAGCAGAGUUAAGCCUGGCACUAGGCAGUGAGGUACGGUUAUAAAACUGCACUCUGUGUUCAGGUGUUAAAGGGUGUUGGAUUGUGGCAAAUCUGUUCGUUGCUUUUUCCAGCGUAUUUAACAUAAACCAUAUAUUAAUAUGUACAAUAUAUUUUCUACAUUCUCUCUUGUAAUUUGAUUACAGAAGAUCGAAUGAAAUAAAUACAUUUGGUUCUGUGCUUUUACAUGAAAGAGUACAGUGAAAUCCCGAUUUCUCAAACCCUCACAUUUUUGAACUUCCAGAUAACUCGAACCAGAAGUCGUUUCCUCUUCUUAGUCA